AUGUUAGUUGAAGAAUCAAUUCCCGCCAAUCAGAGAGGAUCAAGAGCUCGCCAACAACGUCUAUUCUCUCUCUUGCAGAAUUGCAAAUCCAUCAAACAGCUAACACAAAUCCACGCCCACAUCAUAACUAAUGGCUUUACCCAGAAAAACUUCAUUCUUGUUAGACUACUUUCUCCGUUUUUAACAUCUUACAAUCUCAAAUAUGCCGACCAAGUUUUCCAUCAUGUCCAAAGUCCAAGUACCACCCUUUGGAACCAAAUUAUUAGGGGCCAUGCCCGUAGCGAAAACCCACAAAAAUCUGUUGAGCUUUUUAAUCAAAUGGAAAAAUCAACUGCUACGCCUGAUGGUUACACAUAUUCCUAUGUACUUAAUGCUUGCGCAAAAGGGAGUUUGUUCAGGGAAGGACAGCAGCUUCAUGGGAAGAUUUUAAAAAAAUUGCCUUUGCUGAAUGUGUUUGUUCAGACCAAUUUGGUUAAUUUGUAUGCAACUACUGGAGAGGAUUACGGCAUUCGUGAUGCACGGAAGGUGUUUGAUGAAAUGAAUGAGAAGAAUGUCGUGACUUGGAACUCAUUGCUUUUUGGGUAUUUUAGAUAUGGGGAUGUUGAUGAGGCUCUUAUAAUUUUCGACGAGAUGCCAGAUAAGAAUGUUGUUUCCUGGACGACCAUGAUUGCGGGAUGUACGCAGAACGGAAGAUGCCAACAAGCACUGGCUUUGUUCCGCAUGAUGCAAAGGCGCUAUGUGGAAUUUGAUCAGGUGACUUUGGUGGCUGUUUUAUCAGCGUGUGCUGAAUUGGGAGCUCUGGAUCUGGGGAAGUGGAUCCAUUCAUGUGUAUUUGAGUCCUCACAGUUUAGGAAUGAGCCAGUGCUGGUGUCAUUGUACAAUGCACUUAUACAUAUGUAUGCUAGUUGUGGUGAAAUAGAGGAAGCUUAUAGGGUAUUUCAGGGGAUGCCCAGAAGAAACUCAGUUUCUUGGACCAGUAUAAUCACAGGUUUUGCAAAACAAGGGUAUGCACAUGAGGCUCUUACUAUUUUCCAGCAGAUGGAAAGCUGGGGAGGAAAUGAUGUUAGACCGGAUGAGAUAACGUUCUUGGCUGUUCUGUUUGCUUGUAGUCAUGCUGGUUAUGUCAAUGAGGGGUAUCGGUACUUUAAAUGUAUGAAAGAAACUUGGGGAGUGGAGCCGAGGAUUGAGCACUAUGGAUGCAUGGUUGAUAUGUUAAGUCGUGCUGGACUUUUCGAUGAAGCCGUGGCACUUGUUGAGACAAUGCCUAUGAAGCCAAAUGAGGCUGUUUGGGGUGCUCUUCUUGGUGGAUGCAAGAUACACAAAAAUGUGAGACUAGCUUCUAGUGUAGCUCAAAAGUUGGCUGUGGAGCUUGAACCUGAUAGAGCUGCUGGCUACUUUGUGCUCUUGUCAAAUCUAUAUGCCACUGAUAAGAGGUGGCGAGAUGUUGUUGUCACGAGACAGAAGAUGUUUGGAAUAGGAAUGAAAAAGCCUCCAGGUCAAAGCAGAAUCGAAGCUGAGGGUACCAUUCACAGUUUUCUGGCCAGUGACCUAAAUCAUAAGCAUGCUUGUUCAGUCUAUGAGAUGCUUGGUCUGCUCACUGGUCAAGCCAAAUUGCAAGGUUACCAGCCAAGUGUUUCAGAGGAGGAACUAAUAGUUUGA